GACAUUUUGGCACAAAAACGUUUAUCUAUAAAAUGCACACUGGAAUCCUCUAUAAUCUAAACACCAUUGAUCAGGUCUCUCAGAAUUCUAAAGCUUGAGCAGCCAUGGCUGAGUUUGAAAAAGAUUUGCAAUGUUUUAAACCCUCCAUACCUUUCUCAGAAAUGAUAAACCAGUUCAUUCAGCCAAAUGCAAGCAUGAUGGGGAACUUCAAUUUUACAGAUUCCACAGUGGAUAAUUUCUUGGGCUACCAACAAUCUGAAAAUCAUGCUGCAGGCUUAUUGGCUCAUGAUCUUCCAGGUACUUCAUAUUCCAACUGCUUAAAUGAAUUGCCAACUGUCCAUACCAUCACUUCAACAAGACAUGUUUUCCACGAGAGCAAGAAGAGAAAAGUAAUGGAACUAUCAACAAGCAGCUCAGAGAGCAUUCCUUCAACAGCUUCUAGAGAGUUGAAAGACAAUAGUAAUUCUGCUAAAAAGAAUAGCUUAGAGAAAGGAAAGAAAAGGAGCAAUGAGAAAGAACAGGACAAACAAGAGGAAGUCAUUCAUGUUAGAGCAAAAAGAGGCCAAGCUACUGAUAGUCACAGUUUAGCAGAAAGGGUGAGAAGGCAGAAAAUCAAUUACAAGUUGAGAUGCUUGCAAGACCUUGUUCCUGGAUGCCACAAGGCAAUGGGAAUGGCGGUGAUGUUGGAUGAAAUUAUCAACUAUGUGCAUUCACUCAAGAAUCAGGUUGAGUUUCUUUCCACGGAGCUUGCAGCUGCAUGUUCUUCUUAUGACCUGGUCUCCUGUACAUAUGAAACUGCAAAAGCAAAGGGGACAAGCUCACACCAGGCACACGGCGUGGAGUACUGGGGGAGGGAACAAUAUGGAGAGCAUACUCGCUUCCACACAGCAUGGCCACUGUGACUGAUUUUUUGGCCCUUACUUCCGGAAGUUGCUGCAAGCCACGUGAAUAUGCUCCCUACCCCUAGCUAUCUCCCACAAAACCAAGUCUCUUUCCAAUUACUAGCAAACAUGCUACAAUAUAUUUGCAUUACUUCAUGUAGGACCGAUCGAGUCUCUGUAAUCACUUCUUCUCACUUUGUAAAUUUUAAGGGUUGAAUACCUUUGACAAUCUAAAAGAAAAUUGUGGUUUGUAGCAUCCUAUAUAUCAAUGUUUCCUUGUCAGCAA